GUGUUUUUGAAUGGAAACUUCUAAUAUCUCAGAAUAAUCAAACAGACAUCGGAUUGUUUCUUUUUAUUUUUGAUAAAGAACAUUUAAUGUUUUUAAUUAAUUAUAAAUCUAAAUCCUUAAACUUGUAUAUAUACUAAUAAUUCGAACCUAUUCCCAAACCAUCACGUUUCACCAUUUGUUUUCUUGCUCUCUACUCCAUUAAUUCCAUUGAUCUCUGCAACGUGAAUUAAGCUAGAAGCCAUGGAGUUUUGCAUCCAAUUUGCAACACAAUUGAUUCUUAACGAGAUGAAAAAGAAUGUGAGUAGUGCUAAAAACGUUGUAAUGUCUCCUCUGUCAAUAAAUUUGAUGCUGAAUAUGUUGGCUGCUGGCGCUGAAGGUAAGACAUUAGAGCAGUUGUUGAAAUUUCUUGGUUCAGAAGGAAUCCAAGAUUUGAACCAAAAAUCUUCUGUUAUGGUGUCUCUUCUCCACUCCUCUGUCUCUAAGGCCUCCACCCCUUCCCCUCUUCCCACUACUCAAAACCAAACAAAUCGUCAGAACACAGAAGAACAACAACCACUUUUUUCGGUUGCAAACGCCUUAUGGGUUGAUAAUCGCAUUCACUUAAUUCCAUCUUUUAAAGAAAUCACUGAAACAAUCUACAACGCAAAAGUGGAAAACGUCGACCUUACAUUGGAGGUAUAAUUUCAUUUUCUUUUUAUUCUAUAUCUAUAAUUGUUUUCUUUGUUCAUUCAUUUAUUCCAAUUUUUAUUUUUUUUUGUAAUUUUCAUAUGUAGGGUGAUAAAGUUAGGGAAGAUGUAAACAUAUGGGUGGAAAAGGAGAUCGAGUUCUCAUUCGGAAGGCAGAAGAUCAUGGUUUUCUGCACUCAAUCAAAACAAACACCGAAUCAAGUUUCCCCAAUUCGUCUUGGACCUCAUGCAAGGCCGUUCCAUUCGAUGUCAGAGGUGGCAAAGGGGGUUUUCUUACUUGAUCUGAGUUUUGGUUUUUGGGAAAGAAGAUUAGGGUUUUGAUGAAAAAUCAAGUUUUGGGGGUGUUCUUAUUUGGCAUCUCAUUUAUUUAUUAUCAUCAAGCGAAACAAAGAAAAAAGAAGAUAGAUCUAUCAUUUGUCCAUGCUUCAAGGUCGAAGACAUUUCUCAGGAAGAUUGAGCUCUCUGCGUUUUUCUCGAUCUAUGAAUCCAUUUCCCCGGUAAUAUGAAUUUUUUCCCCUUUAUCUCUAUAUGAUUGUUGUUUGUGGAUAUUGUUUUUUCAUUGGUAUUAGGGUUUCUUUCUGUAAUUGCUCUUAGCUGAGUGGAUUUUUAGAGUAACUUAAAUUCACGGUUAAUAAUAUAUUUUUUUGUUUUUUUCUGUGAGGGAUUUGGGAUGUUUUGGGGUCGGCCUAGGAUGGGCAAUCGGAGAUGGAGAGCUCGGUUGGCCUUGGGAGAUGGUAAUUUGGGUCACUCUUUCUUCUGCUGAUUCUCAGAAGCAAUUGAGAAGUGUUGAAAUUUUUUAGGUCAUUAUCUAUUUUGGAAAAGAAACUUCUUUUCAGGAUUGUGGAGGAAACAACCAGGAAUAACGAUGGAGGAAGCUACUGAUGGUAUGUUUCUCAUAACUUUUCAAUCAGAAUUUGUUAAACAAAGGAUUAUUAGAGGUCAACCAUGGCAUUUUUUGGGUCAUUAUCUGUCGCUUGUGGAGUCAUCUGGGAUUAAUCAGGUUGUAGUGGAGGAUUUUAAGAAUAUUUCGUUUUGGAUCCAAGUUCAUGGUAUUCCUAUAAAAAACAUUAAUGAAACUUUGGGUCAAAAAUUGGAAUGAUAAUAGGAAUUUUUGCUGAAUAUGAUGCUGAAAACUCAAGAACUUUUAUGCGAAUUAGAGUACUUUGGGAUAUAAAUCGUCCUUUAUUAAGGGGAAUGUUAUUUGAGGGGGAGGACCAACUAUCUAAUAUGUGGAUCUCUUUUAAGUAUGAAAGGCUAAAUACUUUUUGCAAGUUUUGUGGUCUAUUGGAUCAUGUUCAUACCGAGUGUGUAGCACUUUUGGAGGAGAUCGAGGCAGGAACUCGACCAAUCUUACAGUACGAUGAUAAAAUCAAAACAACUGGUUUAGAUCAUAUGUUUUCGCCGGUUCGCUCCUCAACUACUGGAGGACCUAUACAUAAAUCAGUGACUCAAAUGGCUAAGGAUGUUGCCCUAAAGAAGGCUAGUAAUGCAGUGCUGGGAUUAACCACUAAGAGGCAGAAAAUCUUCAUAUCUGAUCAAGAGCAAGGGACAACUUACACUCAGAGAGCUAUAAGUAAGGAAGAAGUUUCUUUGCUAAAUCAGAAACCGAUUGAUUCAAAUAAGAGUGAUUAUACUAAUAUUGCCUUCAUAGAGAGUGGUAAUGCAGCUGAGAAAACAAGAAAUUCAGAGCUAUCAAAGGGGAAAACAAUUGAAGUGGGGGCUAACUCUGGAUCAAAAGGGAAGACUAAAAAUUCAAAGGCAUAAAACUCAUUGACAAAUGAGAUAGGAUUGCUAUUACUAAGUAUUUCAAUAAAUGUGUGGGCUGUUUUCUAGCUAAAAGUAGACUAUUAUUGGGUGUUUUUUAAUGUUAUGUUGUGUGUUUAUUUCAAGAACAUAAGUCAUGGAUGUUUUCUGGUUUUAAGUAUAUGUUUCUCUUGUCAUAUUUUAAAGCGUAAAUUUCCUAUUUUAUUCCUCAAAUUUUAAAAAUA